AUGACACUCUUGAUUCUUGUCGCUCCUGGAAGCCUUGCGGUGUUCGAAGUGCACCAGGGCAAGAUAGUGUUUGACGGUGACAUGGUGAUGACGCCGACGAGAGCCAGCAAAGUAUUCUUCCGCAGUGGCCGAGUUGACGAGGAGUUCCUCUGGCCGAACGGCAAGGUAUUCUACGUGCUGGACAAGACCGUGCGACCGCCUGCCAAGAAAGUCAUAAGAUCUGUCCUGGCGAACAUUCAGCGCAGAAUUUGCAUAACUUUCGAGGAAGUUGAGCAGAAGAAGGCGAACGUGAAUCACCUGAAGUUCAAGUCGGACGAGAUGGGAUGUUGGUCUCACGUUGGCUACCAAAACAUCCUUGAGCAGAUUGUGAACUUAAAUAGCAACUGCUUCUCGAAAAUCGGCGUCAUUUAUCACGAGAUCUUCCACACUCUUGGACUGUUUCACAUGCAAAAUAGCUCAAAUAGGGACAAAUUCGUGAAAAUCCUGUGGGAGAACAUCAAGAAUGAGACGAAGACGAACUUUGAGAAGUACGACGCCACAAUCUCAUCAGAUUUUGGUGUUCCAUAUGAUUAUGGCAGUGUUAUGCACUACGCAACGAACGCUUUCAGCGCAAAUGGACUAAAGACCAUUGAAAUCCUGAAGAAAACUAAGAAACUUGUCGGUCAGAGAUCUAAACCGUCGCCAGAAGACUACCAAAGGCUCAACAACAUGUACAAGUGUGGAAAGGAGGUGAGGAAGGGUGUUAAAGACGUUAAGGGUAAAUGUUCACAGCGCAUGGACACUGCGGACUCCGAAGCAGCAGAAAUGGUGCCUCGAGCCAUUGAUGCUAAGGACAACUUCAAUCCUUUGAUAGACGAAAUGCAAACUUUGAAGGGCGAUGAUGUGGAGACAAAACGAACCACAAAAUUCCUGCGAAUCCUCCUCAAACCACUAGAGAAGAUUUUGCAAUCCAAAUCUACAAUGAAUGAAUGGAAUUCUGUAUAAAAUAAAGGUGAUAAUUAGAA